AUGUACAUCGGUGCAGCAGAGAGCCUGGGGAGUGUGGGGGAGCUCCCCCACCGGGUGGGGCAGCAGCUGAAGCACCUGGUGAAGCAGCGGCCACGGCGUCCCAAGACCCGGCAGGCGCGGCGCCCUGUGGGGGCGCUGGCCGCCGCCCUACAGGAGGAGGACAUCACCAGGGGCGUGGACACCUUCUUCAGGGGGGACGGCAGCGCCCCCUCUACCCCCCUCCUGCUCAGCCCCAUGUCGGAGCACAGCGGGCGCCUCGGCAAGUACGAGUGGAGCUCCAUGGACAGCUUCCCUGGGGGCGGCGCCGCGGGGCCCUCGGUGGCAGAGGGCGGCAGCGGGGACUCGCUGAGCCGCUGGGAGUCAGCGGCUCAUGACAGCGGGGGCACGACGCGGGACUCCCCCUCCAGCGGGGCCGCCGCCCCCCACGACACCGACGACGAGGACACCAACGCCGUCUUUGACGAGUGCCACGACGUGCCCAGGAGGAGGACGGGGACGGGGUCGUCCAUGGGGGGUCUGCCCCGCGUUUCCCCAGACCGGGCCCACCGCAACACCUUCACCGCCCUGCUGGAUGAGGGCGAUGGGGAGGCACCGCUGUCGCUGCAGGAGGAGAAGGUGGCGGGGAUGGCGGGGCUGGUGGGGCUCGGCUACGGCGGCAACUUCAUGGCGGAGAUUAGUAAGAGAGCGGCCGGCGGCAGCGUACAGGUCGAGUGUCGCGUCUGUCUCGGGCCCUUGCAAGACAGGGUCGUCAAAACCCUCAGGGUCAGGAUGAGGGAUAACUUCUUCUCCAUCUCCGGGGAUCGAGGGGCAAGAAAAUGCAUCGUUGCGAGCUUCAUGGCCGCAGCGAUGCUUGCUGCCGCGCGUCUAUACUUCGAUAUCAGCUGA